CUUGGGUUAUGUCCCCUUUAUUAUUGAAAACAAUGGCCGGCGAUGGGAAACUUUUACUUGUGAUUUUAUGCUUAUUUUUUGUUUUAUCAGAUGCUAUCUGUCCCCAGGGGAAAUUUGGCUUUAAAUGUCAGUUCAAGUGUGGAUGUAAAAACGAUGUAACAUGUAAACCUUCAGACGGAAGUUGUCCAGAUGGUUGUAAUCCAAAAUUCUAUGGUCCACAUUGUCUAUUAUUUAAUCCAUUCAUAUAUGAUCCCCUUGGUAAAUUAUACACUGGAACUAUGAACAAUACAGAAUCAGGAAAGCCAUGUAAGCCAUGGACUACAAGUAUAUUCAAGCAGUUUUUCAACUAUACAGGCGGCCAGUUUGCUGACAAAUCUAUACCUGGAGCUGUUUGUCGUAAUCCAAAUAUUCCUGCUAAAAACAAAACAUCGCCAUGGUGUUUUACGAAUAUUAACACAUUGAAGGAGGAAAAGUGUUAUUUAUCAGAAGGAGAAUGUCCUGAUGGGAGAUUUGGCCCUAAUUGUGUAGAUGAAUGCCACUGUCAGAAUCUGGACCCAUGUGACAAACAAACUGGCAAAUGUGACCAAUGCUAUGAUGGAUGGAUUGGACCAGCAUGUCAGAAAAAAUGUGACGAUGGUAAAUAUGGACCUGGCUGUAAAGCGACAUGUGGGGAAUGUAAGGAUGAUUUGUGUGAUCAUGAGACAGGGCAGUGUCUGAAUGGAUGCAAUGUUGGCUGGAAAGGAGACCUUUGUUAUACUAAUUGUUCUAGCAAAGAAUAUGGAGAAAACUGUGCCUUGAGUUGUGGGGAGUGUUAUGACGAUCUAGAUUGUGAUAUAUUUACUGGUCAAUGUCCUGAAGGCUGUAAAGAUGGUUAUAAUGGAACUAUGUGUGUCCACAAGUGCAAUGCAAGCUGGUUUGGCAAAGGAUGUUUAAAACAGUGUGGUAAAUGUAAGGAUCAAAGUCCAUGUCAUCAUGCAGAUGGUGUAUGUUUAGAUGGAUGUGAACCUGGGUGGAUGAAUGCUGAUUGUUCCCAAAUUUGUAUGGAUGGUUGGUUUGGUCAGAAUUGUUCAUUAGAAUGUGGAAAUUGUAUGGGUGAUGUAAGUUGUGACAAGAUUUCUGGUCAAUGUCUAGGAGAAUGUCAAAAUGGAUUUACUGGAGAACUGUGUAAAUCUGCAAUAUUUGUAGAGGAAGAAACCAGUAGUGCAGGAACCAUUGGUGCUAUUGUGGGAGUGGUUGUAAUUUUAGUCAUCGUUAUAAUAAUUAUUAUUGCAUUUAAAGUAUGGAGGAGAGGUAAAUUCAGACACACCCUUCAGUUAAAUGAAACAAAAUCUUCCAAUGAUACAAUUGCCCAAGAGAAGGAGGAAGUCCUCCGCACAAAAGAAACAGAUCAACUGAUACAGGAUAAAGGUAGUGUUGAUAUUUUGACAGAGGACCCAUCUGAAAGCCUGGAUAACGGUUAUGACAUAAGUAAAGAACCUAUAUAUGCUAAUGUCAACACAAAGAAACAGACGUGUCCUAUUCAAGUUCAAGAUUUAUAUGAGUACAUCAGGAAAAAUAAGAUGAAUGAUUGUACAGAAUUUAAAAAGGAGUUUGGGGAAUUACCUUUAGGAGUGUUAGCAUUGUAUGAGGCUGCCAGGAAACCGGAAAACAGACCAAAGAACAGAUAUGGAAAUAUUAUUGCAUAUGACCAUUCCAGAGUUGUGUUAACACCUAUAUCAUCAGAACCCAAUUCAGACUAUAUUAAUGCUAAUUACUUGGAUGGAUAUAAGAGAAAGAAUGCAUACAUAGCUUCCCAAGGUCCAAUGAAAGUUAUGUUCAGAGAUUUCUGGAGAAUGAUUUGGCAAAAAAAUUGCUGUAAAAUUGUUAUGCUGACCAAUUUAAUGGAAGCAUGCAAGACAAAAUGUGAACAGUACUGGCCAGAUGAGGGAUCAACAAGUUAUGGAAAUGUUUCAGUAGAAAUUAUACAGACAACAGUAUAUACUGAUUUUACUAUUAGGACAUUCAAAAUAUCAUGUAAUGGAACUAGUCGAGACAUUAAACAAUUCCAUUUCACCAGCUGGUCUGAUCAUGGUACACUGACGUCCUCUACACCAUUGUUAUGUUUUAAACACAAAGUUGAUGCUUACAACAAAGAUAGCACAGCACCGGUUGUUGUUCACUGUAGUGCAGGUAUAGGAAGAACUGGUACCUAUAUAGGUUUAGAUUAUACACACGAGCAAGCUAAAGCAGAGGGAUUUGUAGACGUACUGAAAUGUGCCCAGCUCAUGAGAGCAAAUAGAACCAAUAUGAUACAAACUUGGGAACAAUAUAUGUUUUUAUAUGAUGCCUUAUUAGAAGCAGUUUUAGCUGGAGAAACAACAAUGCCUGUUGGAGAAUUUGAAUCUCGAUACCAAGAAAUGUGUAUUCCAAAGGCUGGAUUUGAGAUUUCAGCAUUAGAUAAACAGUUUGAGGUUGCUCAGAAGUUGUUACCAAAUAUAGAAAAUACAGAGUUCAAAGCUGCUUUAGCUCCAGAAAAUAUUGAUAAAAACAGAGUCAAGAAUGUACUUCCAGCUAACAGAUACAGGCCACACCUAUAUACACAGGUAGAGGGAUCUAAUGAUUACAUUAAUGCAGUAUUCUUACCUGGUUACACGAGUAGAGAUAGAUUUAUUGUUACACAGAUGCCAUUGCCUAAGACAGUAGCAGACUUUUGGAGAAUGUUAUAUGACUAUAACUCUAACACUGUCAUUAUGUUGAAUGAAUUUGAUAGAAAUGACAAGACAUGUGCCUUAUACUGGCCAGAAGAAUAUGGAUAUACAGUGUCUUAUGAUCCACUUAGUAUAGAACUUCUGUCUUCUAGUGAAUCAAACAAAACAAUUACAGAGAGGAUAUUUAAACUGAGUAACAAAAUAAAAAAUGAAGAUCGUGCUGUUAAACAGUUUGAGUUCAACUGGGGAGAGAAAAACAUUCCAUCAAGUGCCCAAGCAUUAGCCGAUUUAUUACGAGAGGUAGACAAUUGGACAAAACAGAGUGGAAAAGGACCAAUCACAGUUCAUUGCAUGAAUGGUGCAAGUCGAAGUGGAUUAUAUUGUGCCAUUAGUUUAUUAUUAGAGCGUAAAGAACAAGACCAAGAAAUUGAUGUGUUCCAAACUGUUAAAACAAUUCGCAAUAAUAGACCCCAGUUCAUUGAGGAUAAGGAGCAAUAUCAGUUUUGUUACAAGAUGGCCGAAUGUAAUUUACGACCACCACCACAAUAGUGCCCUAGAUCUGAUGUCAAACCAAAGACAGAAACUCUGUAAUCAAAAUCAGGUUCUGUGUUGCCAAAGAAUGUUCUAUUUUUGUAUGGUUGUUGAUUUUGUGUACAUAUUUUAUAAUCAAAUUAUACGUGUACAGAGAGGUUGUUAUCAGCAUUCAGUGAUCAAGUCUUUCCCAUGAAUUUUGUUGUGUAUUUUGAAGUGUCGAUAGCACACGGCUGGAGAUAAAAUGUAAAGUUGCAUGAGAGGAGAUUAUAUAUAUUAUAAAAUAUGUUUUAUGUCAUGUUUAUGACUUUUUAAUUUUUUUUUCUAGUGCAGUUAUACUACUUAAGAAUUCCAUUCGACGGAUCACCUAAAGAUUCAAAUAUUUAUCCAAUAAGUUUUCAUGGAUUUUCUGUCAAAAUCUGAGAUUCUAUAAGUUAUUGAUAUUAACAGAUUUUUUAAUUUUAAAUUACAUUUUGAAUCAUGUCUUUUAUCAGAAUCUGUCUGUUAAAAUUUAAUCUGUCAUUUAAGAAAGACAUUUAUAAAUUAAUAAGCACUUGAGUUCUAAUUACAGUAGAUCUGUAUGAUAUACAUACAUACAAAUUUCUUAUUAGUCAUUUAUGAGUGGGUCUCAUUGGGGUCAAAGCUUGAUGCGGGAUUGCCGAUUUUUUGUAAGCAUGACAAGUGAAAGUUAAAUAAUUGUCAUGAAAACGGGAAAUAAGGUCUAGCGGGACACGGGAAAUUACAAAAUACCCAUUUGCUUACGUACAUAGUGUAAGCGGGAUACAGAAAUCUGUCAAAACAGUAAGCGGGUUCCAGGAUCAGAACCCCCAAUGAGACCACCUUAUAAAAGAUGGAACCAUCUCAAUGUUUUUAGUCUGUACAUUUAUUGUUAUAUGUACUAAAACUUAUAUAUUAUACAUCUUUGCAAUUUAUAUGCAAUUACAAUUUAUAAAAAUCGAAUUAAUACAACAUCACUUUUUGACAUUCCUUGUUAAUUAAUAAUUCAUGUAUAUCUAUAUGUGCUUAACAUGUGCUUUUUAUGUGCUUUUUAUGCCAUUCCAUUGUGUAUGAUGAAUAUUUUUUAUUCAUAAGUGUUCAUUUAAGUAACAUACUCAGUUUUACAUUUUGGACAUAAUAUUUUAUAUAUAAGCAUACCACAGGGAGCAAAGAUCUGGUUUAAUAAAGUUAAAAGUUAUAAAUAAUGUAUUCAAAAGUUGAUUUAAUCAAGUAGGUUAAAUCUUAAAAAACAGGGUGCAAUUUUCUCACAUUAUAAAUAAUAAUUUAUUCAAUUUUUUUUGUGAUUAGUUUGUUUAAAUGUAU